AUGGCUUAUGCUGUAUGCAUCAGUUUCCAAGACAACAUCGCUCCUCCCACCGAUGAUGAAGUUUACAUCAAAUACGUGGAAUUUAAUGGCGAAGACGAAACACAAUACAAGAAGGGGAUUGAAAAACUCGAUAAAACCCUUCUGUUUGAACACAUGAGGCAGAAGGACCCAUCGUUUCCCGAGAAGCUGAUAGCCGUCUCUUUCAACACAAAACUGACGGAAAAAAAUAAGAAAAAGACCUUCUGCGAGGACGUCUUGAAGCGAGGCAUAUAUUGUGAUGGCAGUAACAGUGGUUGGUAUCGUUUCCUUGGACAUUCCGACAGUCACCUCUGGGAGAGAAAGUGCUACUUUAUGAACGCCUCAGAUACUGAAAUUCACGAUCUCCUCGCACGGUUUGGCGAUUUCGCUAAGACAACAAAUGUUCGAAAACGCGCCAGUGAAAUUGGCUCGUUAUUCGUUCCAUUUGAACACUUAGUGAAGCUUAGUGAGGAUGAUAUUGGAGAAGAGCCUGAUGUGAAAGGCAGAUUCUUUGAAAAGAUGCCUCGCCCUUUCACUAACGGUCGUGGUUUCAUGUCUCCGGGAUUCACCCUCAAGGUGCGACCCAAGCUUGGCGUGGAUCACCCUGCACCUAGUGCCCUUCAAGUGAGCAACCAAGGCCUUCAGGGUAUUUUGGUAGUUCGAGAAACUCUAAUGAACGUUUCCCUGGUCCAAUUCCGCAAGUCCAUGCGCUUGUUUUCCACUCCCAGCAAGAAGGACAGCGAGGCAAUUCCUUUUAUUGGAAUUGUUGAUCAUUCCGCUUCUGACGUGAACGGCUACCUUGAUUCUCGAUUGGUCAUGUUUCUGGCAAUCAGAGGUGUGUCGAUAAACUAUCUCAGGUCACUGCAGAAUGGCUAUUUGACUCUAUUGAAGAGUAUGUGUACGAAUUCAGCAUCUGGCAAUUAUUUCUGCCAACUUACUGGACGAAAGGCAACAACCGAAAGAGAAGUUUUAGCCAGUCUGCAACGAGGUGAAGUAGAGAAGAUGCUUGCUCAGUCUUUCGAGAAUGCAAAUAAUGGCGAACCACAAAGACGUCGCGCAGUACGUACAAGAAUUUUGGUACCCAAAGCGAGAGUGGUGUUCGGGGUUGGUGACCCUUAUGGGAAGCUUAAGAAAGGAGAGUGCUACUUCAAGCCAACCCUGCAAAAUGACGAAGAAUUUGAAGAGCUCGUGGUUUGCCCUGACCCCUGCUAUCAUCCCGGAGACAUACAAGUGUUGAAGCUAAGCCAAGAGAGGCUGGACUAUGAGAAUCUCAAGGACUGUCUCGUGCUACCCGUAAACCACCGACACGCGUUUGAAAAUUCUGGGGCAAGUAAGUUUUUCGUCAGCUGGGAUCAAGACCUGAUUCCAAAGCAGAAAAGAGAUACACCCUGUCGCUAUCAGUCAAAACGGUUCAAAGACGUCACAACCACUGUUAUAAUCUGGUUUCAAGGAAUAUUUUAUGUUCUUUAGAAAAAGAAGGAAUAUCGAGAGGAAACUAUUUACUACUUUGCCCGUUUUAAGGAUGACCUACCUCGAAGGAUUAGCGAUGUUUAAAUGAAGUUUGCAGAGACGCAUGACCCAUAUUCUAAAGAAUGCACUAAGCUGAGCAAGAUGAACCAUCAGGCUGCAAACUUGAUGACAAACAGUGAUGAUUUGUCGAAAGAGCUGGAAAGGUUGAAA